AGGGCAAGGAACGUUCCUGACAAGAUUCAACCGCGUCUACCGCUGUGUAGAAGGCAGCAGCUUGAGUUGCACCUCUAUGUCCGAGGCUAAGGUGGCACUUUCUAAAUCGGAAGACGCACUGUGUGCUUGCCACCCAAGAACCCAUACCGAGAGAAGCGGCAUUGGGGUUGUUGUGGAUUGGUAAUUCAAGCUCAUCGUUGUUUGCUUCUUGGAAACCAACUCAGAAGUGGUUUUCUUCUACCUGCUUAAGCUCGACCUUCAGAGUGUCUCUUGGAGUUGCAGAUGCAUUCUGAUGGUUUUUGGCCGCGGGUUUUCAAAACUCAUCUUGGACAUCCCCUUCGGCUCUUGUCGAGAAGCUUCGGACAGGGUGGAGUUUAUCAACAAUCGUAUCAGUUGGGGCAGAUCAUCUCGGCAAACAAGCAAUUCUACAUUGCAUGUAGUUCAGGUAGGACGUGGGAGGUUUGCAGAGGCACGAAGGCAGCAUCAACUUCAGCGGAGCUCACUGCCUUUCAGCUUUCAAAACUGAAUGUUGGUGUCCGAUCAAGUCAAGAGUUGGCCUGCGAAGUUUUUUACAGUGUUUUGGGAUGGUUAUAAAGCGUGAACGGUGCUGGUGAGGAGGAUGGUGCCCCUUACCUGUGCCCUACGGAUGUCGCUGUAUCAUCGGGCUGUGUUCAGCUCCAGGUUGCUAACUGGCGGUUAUCUUCUUUCUCAACCAGCGAGUUGCGCACGCAGAUUGAGAUCACUGGAUUGCUGAAAUAUUUUCAAGAAGCGGUGAAAAGAAGCCUGCACUUUGUCAGAGGGCUGACAGGUGAGAGGCACAGAUGCUGUCCCUUUGAGGGGUUUGGGUAGGGGUUUCGGGAGCGGGUUGACACGCAAGGGAUGCGCAAUGAAGUUGGGGAAGGGGAGUAGCAUUGUGCUGGGCACGCCGCUCAAUCACGUGGUGUUGGUGUUGUUAGGCUUUUUUUUCGGUUUCCUCUCCGCUAUCUCCUUCAAUCAGCAACUGAGCAUCACGAGUUCAUUCUGUUCUCCAAGGCCUGGCCAGAUUCUCAUCCCAUCACAUAACAGAGCCUCCAACAUUGUACUUGAGGAUAAUGCCUUACAGUACUCGUUCGAAAGAGAACGAGACAAAGCCGUCGUGAAGCACUGCCCUCCUUGUCAACAUUUCGAGAAAUGCUCGCAAGUAGCUAAGGUAUUGCUACAGCCAAAUAGCACGAUUCUCCAGCCGAACAAUUCUCAAGCAUUGGAAGUCACAAGUGUGAGGCCCAAUUGCACUUCUGAGGAAGAUUUUCGCAAAAAUGCCUCCGGGUGGGUGUGUCGUAACCAAACGGUUGUGGAUAAGCUGCCCCAAACAUUCAUACACAGGACAACAGAUUAUCACUUUCAUCGACUCGUUGGGACGCCGAAGAAUGAUACGAUACAAGUCCCAAAGUAUUUACUUGCAUUGCCGGUUGGCAUCAAACAAAAUGCAAGCGUUGAUGCUAUAGUUAAAAAGUUUCCGAAGCAGCAUUUCCAGAUCGUCUUAUUUCAUUACGACAACGUGGUCGAUGAUUGGAACCAAUUUGAGUGGAACGAUCGUGUCAUUCACGUGCAGAGCACUGGGCAAUCCAAAUGGUGGUUUGCGAAGAGGUUCCUUCACCCUGAUGUAGUUGCACCUUACGAGUACAUAUUUGUAUGGGAUGAAGACUUAGGAGUGGAAAAUUUUGAUCCCAUGGAGUACGUGGAAAUUGUAAAGAGGCAUGAACUUCAAAUCUCGCAGCCAGCUGUGGCUGGAGCCAGUAGUUGGCCCAUUACAGUGCGGCAGUCGUGGACGGGCAAAGAGGUGCACAAACGCACUCCCUGGGAGGGACUUAUCGACAAUUGCACCAAUAGCAAAGUUACCCCUCCAUGUGCUGGGUUCGUUGAGAUUCAAGCACCAGUUUUUGAGAGUAGAAAUUGGCGCUGUGUGUGGCAUCUCAUCCAGAAUGAUUUGGUGAUGGCGUGGGGCCUUGAUUUUGAGCUGCAAGCGUGCAUUGAUGGACCGCCACAUGAGUAUAUAGGAAUUGUGGACACACAGUGGGUGGUACACAACAGAAUUCCUUCACUGGGAACACAGGGGGCUGCAGCAGAAAACCCCAAAAAGCUUCGGGGAGAAGUCAUUGCCAGGAGCUUUCUGGAGUGGGGAGAAAACAAAAAGAGAUGGGCGGAAGGACUACAAUCCUUGAAAGAGUCACAAUCCAAUUAGCAAAAUUUGAUUAGUGUAAAUACUUAUUAAUUGUCUCCGCUAUGGAGGUAUAAUCCACUUAAUUCUAAUGUGGUUUUGUUUUUAUGCUCAUGGCAGUUUACAGAUCACCAGGGUCCUAAUGCUCUAAUUACCAAUCGAUGUCUCGGCCAAUCAAUUUUUCUGUGCGUGUUCAAGAUUAUUCGUGUCCUUGAGGUGUGCUUUUCGAAGGACUCACUCUCUGUUCGGCCAUCUUCUAAGAAGUUUUCAAUGCUCCUUGUAAAUUUCUGAGACAAUGAGCUUUACUUUCUGUGUGCUUCCUGCAAUUCUUAUGUGGGGCUACCUCACCCACUGGGUACCAUUAGAGCCACGACACUCGGAUCAACGUAAAGUUCUUCCAAAGGCCUUCGAGGUUGGAAGGGAAGGGCAUGCAUCGCUCGCUGUAACUAUCUACGUGGAGUGCCUGCGUACUCGUUAAAUUAUGUGUAGCCAAGAGCAAUGCUGGCGUUUCUGAACUCCAGUUGUUGUUGUCCUCAUAUACACCCCUUUAAUGGACUCAACAUUCAUUCAUUAGUUCCAAAAGAGCAGCGGAAAGAAGGUUGAAAUGGUUGAAUUACACUGCUGUGAGUGAUUCUUCGGAAAGCUCUGUUUCUCUCUGGUAUCACCCAAUUCGAUUGAGUAGGCAUUGUUCUUUUCUC